GAGGUGGAGUCUCAACUGGGACGCCGACAAAGUGAGCGAGAUUAUAUCUGAACCAUUAAGUUUGGAGAUGUGCAACUCCUAUUAAGAUUUGACGCCUUGCAGUCUCCGCUUCCAUCUUGUCUAAAAAAAACUGUUUGCGCGAGACCGACAUGAAAUCCACGCAGCGGCUCGACAGCCGCCUGCAUGGCUGAAAGCAGACGGGGACGUGGAAACGAGCUCCCCGAGGCGUCACAAGUGAAUCGAGGAGCGGAUCAACAAUGGCAACCUGUCGUUGACGCGCACGACUCGUCGCCAUGAAGUGUAAACAGUCGACUAGCUGGACCGGAAGCAGUCCUGAGAGGUUCUGACGGUCGGGCUGCGAGCUACGAUUUCGGGGGGUGGUGUGAGGGAGGCGGUGAUUGCACCGUAAACACGCCGAGUGACGCCAUGUGGAACCCGGCGACACGCGUGUGGAGAGCUGCUGUGUGCUGCUAUCUGCUGCACACAUUCCUGCACACAUCUACAGGUCUUAAUGUGUGUAUGAGUGGCAGCGCAACUUCUUGUGAAGAAUGCCUCCUGAUUCACCCCAGUUGCGCCUGGUGCGCACAAGAGGAUUUUGGGAGGGGCCGCACCCUGACGUCACGCUGCGACUUUGUUCAAAAUCUGCACAAGAGGGGCUGCCAGAGCCGGUUUGUCGAAUAUCCGACUAGCAGCAUCACGGUGCAGCAAAACAUGCCUCUGAGCUCCAAGGGGUCCGGCUUGACCCAGCAGGACGUGGUUCAGAUUAGACCUCAGAGGAUCUCACUCAGCUUACGACCAGGUGAGCGGACGUGGUUUGGGCUACAGGUGCGCCAGGUGGAGGACUACCCAGUGGACCUCUACUACCUGAUGGACCUCUCACUGUCCAUGAAGGACGAUCUGGACACAAUUCGCAACCUGGGCACUAAGCUGGCACUGGAAAUGGGCAAGCUCACCAGCAACUUCCGUCUGGGUUUCGGCUCCUUUGUGGACAAAAACAUGUCGCCCUUUUCCUACACAGCGUCCAAGUAUCAGGAGAACCCAUGCAAUGGGUACAAACUAUUCCCAAACUGCGUGCCCACAUUCGGCUUUCGCCACAUCUUGUCGCUGACAGACAAAGUGGACCGCUUCAAUGAGGAGGUGCAGAAGCAAAUGGUCUCCCGCAACCGGGACGCGCCCGAGGGCGGAUUUGAUGCUAUUCUACAGGCGGCGGUUUGUAAGGAGGAGAUUGGCUGGAGGAAGGAGGCAUACCACCUGCUCGUGUUCGCCACAGAUGACGUGCCCCACCUGGCCCUGGAUGGCCGUCUCGGUGGCAUCGUGCAGCCUCAUGACGGCCGCUGUCACCUAAAUGACAACAAUGAGUACAGCGCCUCCACUCGCUUGGAUUAUCCCUCUCUGGGACUUCUGGGCGAGAAACUGGCAGAAAACAACAUUUUCCUCAUAUUUGCUGUCACCAAGCGGUUGUAUGUUAUUUAUAAGAAUUUCACAGCACUCAUACCGGGAACGACAGUGGAGAUCCUCGACCAGGACUCAAAGAACGUCAUCCAGCUCAUCAUCGCAGCCUACAAUAAUAUCCGCUCCAAAGUGGAGCUGACAGUGUGGGACCAACCUGAGGACCUCAGCCUGUCCUUCACCGCCACUUGUCAGGAUGGCGAACCGCUACCCGGCCUCUGGAAGUGCGCCGACUUAAAAAUAGGCGACACGGUGUCAUUUAACGUGAGCGUGGAGGCGAGGAGUUGUCCUCUUCACGGCAUCGACCACAGUUUCACCAUCAAGCCGGUGGGCUUUAAAGACCGCCUGCAAGUCGCCGUCGAGUACCAGUGUGAAUGCGACUGCACCCGAGCGGCCCAAAUCAACAGCACCAUCUGCAGUUCCAUUGGUACGUACAAAUGUGGGAGCUGCCAGUGCGAGCCGGGCUACCUUGGUGCCCGCUGCGAGUGCCAGGAGGGGGACGCGAGCAGCAUACACCUGAGCGCCUGCCGAGAGGCCGAGGGCAAGCAGGUGUGCAGCGGGCGCGGCGAGUGCAGCUGCAACCAAUGCCUGUGCUACGAGUCUGAGUUCGGCAAGAUUUACGGCAGCUUCUGCCAGUGUGAUGACUUCUCAUGCGCCCGGCACAAAGGCAUCCUGUGCUCAGGCCACGGCGAGUGCCACUGCGGCGAGUGCAAGUGCCACGCCGGCUACAUCGGGGACAACUGCAACUGCUCCACGGAGACUGCGUCGUGCAUUGCCGACAACGGGCAGAUAUGCAGAGGGCGUGGCGGCUGCGUUUGCGGACGCUGCCAAUGCACGCAGCCUGGCGCUUUCGGAGACACGUGCGAAAAGUGCCCCACCUGUCCGGACGCCUGCGACACCAAAAGAGAAUGCAUUGAGUGCCGGCUUUUCAACUCGGGAAAGCUUUCAGACAACCAGACUUGCCAGCGUCUGUGCAAGGAUGAAAUCAUCACAGUGGAGACUCUCAAAACGGACGAGCCGGGCGCUGUGCUGUGCCUCUACAAGACGGAUGACGACUGCGUGAUGAAGUUCACAUACUCAGAACACGCCAGCGGACAGUCCGUUCUCACAGCCCUGACGGAACCAGAAUGCGGUGGUGGUCCGGACGCCCUCAUGGUCCUGCUGGCGGUGGUGGGCAGCAUCCUGCUCGUGGGAGUGCUGCUGCUCGGUGUCUGGAAGCUCGUCAUCACCAUCCACGACCGGCGGGAGUUUUCACGCUUCCAGAACGCUCGCUCGCGUGCACGAUAUGAGAUGGCAUCCAACCCACUCUACAAGCAGCCUGUCUCAUCCAGUUUUUGUGAGACAGACUUGUUCGACAAGCCCUACAAUGGAGGGGUCCACUGAACCCUCGGUAUUUGGGGCGGCAGGACCGGUCCAACAAGAGGAACCCUAAUGGGGGGGCAUGAGCCCAAUGUGGACUGCCCACACACACACACACACACACACACACACACACCUCCACACCCUGCUCCCUCGUCCUCAACAGGGCCACAGAAAUGAAAGUAAAUGACAAAAACUUGUCUUGAAGAAGCAGCUUCACUUAAUUGCAUUGACCAGCAACACGUCAACAUCUGAAUGUUAGCAGUGUGCUAAGCAGGCUGCAGAUCACAUUUGUAUAUAUAUGUUUUUGUGUAUAUAUGUUUUUAUAAACACUAAAAACAAAAAAAUAGUAUUUUCCAGGCAUAACUAUGCACCCAGCCGCUUUUUACACGAAAUGAAUCAUAAUGAAAAAUCACAGAACAUUUGGGGGAUCACAACCUCUCAAAGUGCUUUGACUAACUUUUUACCAAAAAAAUUAAUUGUAAGUUAUGCAUUCACUUUGCAUGGCUACUACUGAUUAACAAAAUGUAAACAACCAUUUUGUUCACUGAAGAUUAAGGCUUUUUCCUUGAGUUACCUUUAUUGCCUUUUCAACAGAGCUGACUUUUUUCUGCUUUCCGAUUGACUAAAACAACUUUGUUUUGGGGUUAUAGUGCCACCCGGUGCUUUGGCGUGCAAAUGACAGCCUGGUAAUGCGUGUGUUUUCCGACACGAGAGUGGGACAAAAAUGUGUUGUUGUUUUUUUUUUUUAACAUACCUGAGUACACGCAGACAGAUGGUUGGUGACAAUUUUGUGAGGGUUUGUGUGGAUGCGUGUGUACGUGUGUAAUUGCAAGUCUGGGUAGCCUCUGGCGCCCUUAACGGUUAUUACACUGCCACAGUUGCCCUUCAAUUUCAGCUGGAGAGUCAAAUUCAAUCUGAUUAAUUGGAAAAAAACGGUUAUGCAGUCAUAUUCAAUGAUGCAAAGAUCUUGAACUGAAGUGGGCUUCAAACUAUUAGUAGAUAUUAGAGCAGUAAUGGGCAUUACAAAUCUCAUACACAUUGCAGGUAAUGAAGUUCAGAUUGAGAUCAGUAUUAGAGACGGGAGAUUAAGACCAUAUUAUGCCAUGGAUAAGACACGCAGGGAUUAGUUUAUGAUUCUUAUUUUGGGAGGAAAAAUUACAGCACAUCCCCCUAUAAGAUCAUUUUGAUUCAUUUUAAGAUUCAUAAACAAUUCAUACAAUUUUACAGCACUAAUUCUACCUCCUAAAAUGGGAAAUUGGCACGGAAAUUUGCACCUUUACUGACAGUGGGAGGAGGGGAAUUUGUCCCACUUCUCUGCUCUCGCAAACCAACCAGCAGGGAUUUUUAAUAUGAAAAAAGUAGAAAAAACAUUCUCCAGCAUUAAAAUUAUGAUUUUGUUAUAUCCACAGUGAACUGAUUUUCAAUAAUAAUUUAUGAAUUUGAAUGGCACAAACAACGGUGUAAAACUUUUAUAUCAUCAACCAUAUUUGUUGCAAUUACUUUUAUAUGAUCUAAUAACACAACUUGCACCUUUAAUACUAAAGUGACUCACUAAGUUUAGAAGUGUCAGGGACUUUUGAGUGAGCGAGUGAGCGUGUCCGCACAUACGUGUGUGUGUGGAAUUAGCAUUAAAUGUAAAUAUGGAGUGGGUAUGAUAGAGGUUUUCACUGCACAGUUGGAACUGUAACUGACAACACAUUGUAACAUACAGUCGCACAAUCGGGACUCAGGCAUGUUUGUGUGACUCUGCACGCCAACGACACAAUAAAUUAGCUUGUUUCAGAAGAA